UAUGCCAUCAUACAGUCGAUUUUGUCCCAGUCUGAACCCUAACCAUUAACAACAAAAAGCCUUCUUACCAACUCUACAAUCCCUCCUCUCAUCCCAACGAGAUUGGAACCAUUUUUCCUCUCCGCGUUUGGAUUCUGAAUUUUUGAGAGAGGUUGCUGAAGGUUGGUUACGCGUUGUGUGUUGAGUAGGAAUGGCAACUGCUGAGCCAUCCCCUGGUACCCUAGGGCCCAGAUAUGCUCCGGAUGAUCCAACUCUACCGGAACCUUGGAAGGGAUUAAUUGAUGGAAGUACCGGACUUCUAUACUAUUGGAAUCCUGAAACAAAUGUUACUCAGUAUGAAAAACCGGCGGCUUUACCACCACCUUUGCCACCUGGGCCACCACCUGCAAUGUCCACACCAAAGCUAAAUCCUAUUCCAUCAGGCAGAGCAUCGCAGCCGGAGAGCAUCCAAAACCCGCAAAAUCAGCAAAUGAUGCAAUCUAAGCUGCCACAAGAGCAGCUUAUGAGUUCGUCAUUGCAGCAACAGACUCAGGUUGCAUCGCAGGCGACUCAACAGCAAGUAGCACCUUCUGCGCAACUUCAGGGGUCACAGAUGGGGCCUACAAUGCAACAGGGUCAUUCAGCGGCAGAGCAAAUGAGGCCGCAAAUGAUGCAACAGCCUGGUCAACAACUGCCAUCUCAGUUGGGGCAAAUGCCUAUACAUCCAGGGCAACAGGGACUUCCACAGUCAAUGCAGCAAGGGCACCAAGCUCCUUAUCCGCCGAUGCAGCUAAUGCCUCAUGCUCAACAAGCACAGAUGUACCAAGGUGGACUGAUGGGAACUCCACAUGGUUUUCAAUUUACACCUCAGCAUACACAGUUUAUGGUGCAUCAACAGAACAUGCCUCUACAUGGGCCACAAAGCUCCUCCCAACAAUCUCAGCAGGUAAGUGAGGGGCAACAGUUGCCUCACAAACUAGAGAUUAAAAUGGAACUUGGGCAGAGAGAUGAUCAUGAUUUUCAUCAUGGGAAGCAAGCAGGAUUUUCACCAGCCCACCAGCAUUUGAAGCAGGGUCAACAAUUUCCCCAUCUACGAGAGCAAAAAACUGGAAUUUCUCAGAGAGAUGAUGCACAGCAAGUCAACCAAGCUGGUUUUUCUCCAGCCCAGAAUCAGCAACCUGGGAUACCAUCUGGGUCAAUUUUGCCUGUGGGGAGCAACUCCUCUCAUGUGCAAAAGAUGACCAUUCAGCCAAACCAAACAAACCAUUAUGCUGGAUCAUCUGCUAAUUUGCAUCAGAACAACCCUUCAGUUCAGGUACAGCCAAUUGGAGCUGAUUUAACGCAUCCGCAACAUGCUUCUAGAUUCCAAAAUCAAAUGGGCCCUGGGAUGAUGCAUGCCCAGCAGCAGAAUCAACCGCCUGUGGCACCAAAGAUAUCUUUUGAAGAAAACCACUUUGGAAGGCCCACAAAUGAAUAUUUUUAUAACACGAGCAAGGAUGUCACUGCAAUGCCUCCCCAGCUACCUAAGUUGGCACCAUUACCUAUGACCAGAAAUCAGCAGGAAAUGAGGAUUGGGGAUUUCCCCCCUCCAAAUGCCACACCUAAUCUUCCAGGGAGAUUGAAUGGUCCUGGAGGGCCUCCAUUACAAGGUGUCUAUGGUCAUUCGUCUGGUGCCCCACCAUAUCCAAACAAUUCAUUCGUGAGGCCUCCUUUAACAAUGAUGGGACCCUCAGAUCCUAUUCAUUUAUCAGCUGCAGAAACUUAUCGUCAAAAGCAUGAAGUGACAGCCACGGGUGAAGAUGUUCCCCCACCAUUUAUGACUUUUGAGGCCACUGGGUUUCCUCCAGAAAUACUACAGGAGAUGCAUUUUGCUGGUUUCUCUGCUCCUACACCAAUUCAGGCACAAACAUGGCCUAUUGCCCUACAGAACAGAGACAUAGUUGCUAUUGCCAAGACAGGUUCUGGGAAAACAUUGGGAUAUUUGAUCCCGGCAUUCAUUCAUCUCAGAAGACAGCAUAAUAAUCCCCAGAAUGGCCCAACUGUCUUGGUAUUGGCUCCAACAAGGGAGCUUGCCACCCAAAUCCAGGAUGAAGCCAUUAAAUUUGGUCGAUCAUCGAGAGUCUCUUGCACGUGUUUAUAUGGUGGUGCUCCAAAAGGCCCUCAGUUAAAAGAGCUAGACCGCGGUGCAGAUAUUGUCGUGGCAACUCCUGGUCGCCUCAAUGACAUCCUUGAAAUGAAGAGGAUUGACUUUAGACAGGUUUCCCUUCUUGUUCUUGAUGAGGCUGAUAGAAUGCUGGACAUGGGAUUUGAGCCACAGAUCCGUAAGAUUGUCAAUGAGAUUCCUCCAAGAAGGCAAACUCUCAUGUACACUGCAACAUGGCCCAAAGAAGUCCGGAAAAUUGCUAGUGAUCUUUUGAUCAAUCCGGUACAGGUCAACAUUGGCAGUGUUGAUGAGCUUGCUGCAAAUAAGUCUAUCACACAGUAUGUUGAAGUAGUCCCUGAAAUGGAGAAGCAGAGACGCCUUGAACAAAUUCUUAGAUCCCAAGAACGUGGUUCUAAAGUCAUUAUAUUUUGUUCCACUAAAAAGUUGUGUGACCAUCUGGCACGUAAUCUUGGACGCAACUUUGGGGCUGCUGCGAUUCAUGGAGACAAAUCACAGGGUGAGAGAGACUGGGUUUUGAAUCAAUUCCGGACUGGGAAGUCGCCGGUUCUUGUUGCCACUGAUGUUGCUGCUCGUGGGCUUGAUAUACGAGAUAUAAGGGUGGUUAUCAAUUAUGACUUUCCAACUGGGAUUGAGGACUAUGUGCAUCGCAUUGGACGAACUGGGAGAGCUGGUGCUACAGGGAUUUCAUACACAUUCUUCUCAGAGCAAGACUGGAAAUAUGCCCCCGAUCUUGUUAAACUUUUGGAGGGCGCUAACCAAGUUGUGCCUCCUGAGAUAAGGGAUAUAGCGUUACGUGGUGGGCCUAGUUUUGUUAAGGACCGAGGUUUGAUGAACCGUUUUGACUCUGGUGAUGGUGGCGGGCGUUGGGAUUCUGGUGGGCGUGGUGGCAUGAGGGAUGGUUUUGGUGGACGUGGAGGGAUGAGAGAUGGUGGUUUUGGUGGACGUGGAGGGAUGAGGGAUGGCGGAUUUGGUGGACGUGGAGGGAUGAGGGAUGGCGGAUUUGGUGGACGUGGAGGGAUGAGGGAUGGCAGCUUUAGUGGGAGAGGAGGAAUGAGGGAUGGAAAUUUUGGUGGUCGUGGUGGUGGAAGGGAUGGCAACUUUGGUGUUCCUUCAGGUGGUCGGGUUGGUUGGGACAGGGGUGGACGAGGUCCCCACGAUCGAUUCAACAACAUAGAUGUCCGAGGACGUGGUAGAGGGAGGGGCCGUGGACGAUUUGAUAAUAGAAGAGACAGCUUAGAUAGAAGUAGGGGCAGGAGUUUCAGCCCAAGUCCAGAGAGAGUUCGGACAUGGGGUUAUAGUCGGAGCAGGAGCAGGAGCAGGAGCCGAAGUCGUAGCAGAGGUAGGAGUUAUAGCAGAAGUCGUAGCCGGAGCAGAAGCUGGUCCCGCAGCCGGAGUCCCAGGAGCAGCCGCAGCAGGAGCCCAAGACGCAGCAGGAGUCGGAGCAGGAGUCGCAGCUAUGAGAGAUAUGAGAGAAGGCCCCGCAAAACAAAGUUUGAUCAGAUGGAUGUUCCAGCACCAAAUAUUGAGGUUCCCCCUGAAUCUGGAACGUUCCCAGCGCCUCAAGGUGCCAGUGGCGAUAGAUGCUCUGGAGCUGAGUCGCUAGAGCAGGUUCCUUUUGGUGAAAGCAUGGAUGUUGGUGGACGUGAUGCUGGAGUUGUUGAUCCAAACAGUCUGCGCGUGGAAGCCAUGAGUGACAGAGACGUUGGACUUUGAUUGGAUGGAUGUUCACCAUAUCUCUUGGAUGUUAACCUGCCAUUAGGAAGGAUAUUUAUCAACUUUUGCGUGGUUGGGCUCCAGUUGUGGAAUCCGGCAGGCCACAUUGUAGAAGCAAAGCUAACUGAGUUCCUGUGUGCUUUACUGCUGUUGUUUUAUGGGGGAUAAAUACUAUAGAGUGCGAGCUAGUAUCAUCAAGCUUGGGGUGAUAUGUAGAGCCCCAUAAGUAUUCUAAGUUUCUCCAUUUACCAUUUUGUUCUUUCUUUGGCAGAUUGACUUAUGGCCUACCUGCCUGCCCGCCCGCACUAUUCAUUGGGAAUGCCAAAAUCUUUAGCCAGUAAAAACUGUUGUGAUGUUCCACUGCUUGCAGCUGAGAAUGCUGAUUCUGUUUUGUGUUAUUUCUUGGUUAGUAGUAUUUCUUUAAGUUUUUGAAAGAGCUGCUUU